AAUGGCCGCCCCCAUGAGAAAGUCGACGAGGAGGUGGUUCACCGGCUGGACCAGAUAUUCCAGCAACCUGAUCCGACCGAGCAACUGAUGCGUCACCACAAUGACAUCGAUACAACUUGGUUUGGGGUUGAAAAAAGGAACAACGAGUCCGUUUUGCACUGUUCUAGUCGACUUCUUGACAUCUUGCACGAGAGUCAGACUGGGGAGUUCAAAGAACGGUUUCCACAUCUUGUAUCCUUUGUUGGACAAACUGGCAAGUCUUAUUCUUCUGGAAAGAGCACUAUCAUCAAGAUGCUGAUGCAUCGUGCGCAGGCAAAAGCCGACCCUCCUGUCGAAAAUCCAACUCUCAAUCCUGUCCCAGGACUCGUUGAUGAUAACUGCCCCACGACCGGCGAUGUGCAUUUAUACGCAGAUCCGGGGACUUACUACGAUCAGAAACCGAUAUUAUAUGCCGAUUCAGAAGGUAUGACCGGGGGGGAGAGUACUCCAAGAGGCCUGGAGCAAUGGUCUCAAGCUGAGACCGAUACGGCAAAGAAGACAAGGGACCUGGUAAAGGACAAGAUCAUCAAAACCCUCACCUGGGCUACCGAUGCUAGCAAACGCUCGCGGGAGUUCGCCGUGAAGAGUCUGUUUCCAAGGAUCUUGUACACAUUCUCGGACGUUAUUGUCUUCGUACUGCGCGAAGCCAGAACUUUCGAAACAGAGGUUUUGAAAUUAUUGGUAGAAUGGGCUGCUACUUCGAUCGAUAAGUCUGUCAACCAACCAAGCAGACCGCACGUCAUCAUCCUACUCAACGCCGCCGAGAUGACCACGGACGACAAUCAGUGGGACCCAGAAUGGGCCACCAAGAAGCUGCUUGACGACUACAAGGAUUCGGUCCACAGGGUGCCCUAUCUACAAAGGACGAUCUCCAAUUCUAAGCUUCGGAAAAGCGUACGAACGACCAAGGACCUCCUCGAUUACUACUAUCAUUCAGUCACUGUCAUCAAAAUUCCUCGCAAAGGUUGCUAUAUGCAGAUCGAUGCACAGCUCAUGAAGCUCUCAGGCAUCAUAUCUGAUAGAUGUGCGGAAUCCCACGACUUCAAGAAAAUGACCCGAAUGUUGCUUAAUGCAGAGAGGCUACCAAGAUACGUCAACGCAGCCUACGACCAUUUCACUCGAGAUCUGGAAGCACCGUUCGAUUUCGUGGCGGAGGCACGCCGUCAUAUAUCCCCACCCCAAGAUUUUGGGGGGCAUGUGCUCAAUCUCAUGUUGUUCAUGUAUGACCAAUGGAGACCAACUGGGGCACCCGUCACAGGACUCUUUCAUCGUCUUGCGCUGCCAGUUGCUUCAUGCGUUAUGUUGGCCGCUACCAGAGACAGAACACAAGGAAGCUAUUCAAAUGUUCUUCGCGACACAUACAAAACUCCCCUAUGCGAUGCGUUUCUUGAGUUUUACUACAAGUGGCUGCGCUGCUCAUUCCAAAAGGACGGCCAACUCUGUGUGAACACCAAAAGUUCGCACGAAAAGGGCCAUCAAUCCUACGAAGGAACCAUUCUCGGUCGAGGCCACCAUCAGUCGGCGUCGGUUCACUACCCUCAUUCGUUUGAAGCUUGGUUCACCGAAAUCCACGAAAACAUCGAAUAUCUUGAGAAACGUUUCAGCCAGGGAGACAAGGAAGAAGGACGCUUCAUCCCAAAGAUGCACCGCGACAUCAUGGAAGAUUUCUAUACCAAGCAUCUCUCUGCUUCAAGGUUCCGCAGCCACUUGACCUGCGUUUGUUGUGUAGGAAAGAUACCCGAACAUGCACUGCCUUGCGGCCACAUAAUCUGCAAGGCAUGUAUCCAAUGCUUCGGGGAUCGCAAAGGACAAGGAUUAUUCACUUUGUACAAUUGCCCACUUCAUCCAGCAACCUGCCAUUGGCGCUCACCCUUGCAGAUUGAAUACAAGCCAGAGGAGGCCGGCGUGAGAGUUCUCUGCUUGGACGGGUUAGUAAUGAUUAAUCUCUCAUUCCUUGCCAUUCUUCGCGAGAUUGAGAGAUCUCUCGGAGACCAUGUUCCCAUUCAGGACUUCUUUGACCUCAUAGUCGGGACAAGCACUGGUGGUAUCCUUGCUCUAGGGCUUGGUGUUAAGCACUGGUCAGUCGAAGAAUGCACGGCUCAUUUCAAAGGUCUUUGCAAGCAAGCCUUUACCAAGCGGGCUCCGCGAUUUUUGAACACACUCACUGCCAUGAGUGGCAAGGGUGUCUAUAAAUCAAGGACGUUGGAAAACGCUCUGCAAUCGGCUUUUGACAGCAACUCGGUGCUUUACGGGGGAGCUCACUCGGCAAAGCCGACAUCGAUACGGGUUGCGGUCACAGCCACGCUUGCCAGAGAGGACCGAGCAGCUGUUCUAUCCAACUAUAACACAGAACACAGAUCCGAUAACCUACCGUACCUAUUUAUACGACCACAAGACCCUAAGCAUGAGCUCAAAGUCUGGGAGGCCGCCAGAGCAACUUCAGCAGCUCCGCCGUAUUUUAAACCCUUCAUUCAGAGACAGACUAUGCGUGCUUAUACUGAUGGCGCGAUACAUCACCACUGUCCAGUAUUUAUUGCGGAUCAAGAGCGACAGCUGCUUUGGGAAGAUGUCAAAGACUGGCCCCCCGAUAUCGUCCUAUCCAUAGGCAGCGGUGUCAAGCUUGAUGAAGAUGCACCUUGGUCACACGAAACAGUGCACCUCAGUAGCUCAGAUGACUUCUUCAGCCGGUCAUCUCGGCCUCAGCGAAAGGUGGCCGGGCUAGGUUACCUCUGGCGAGCCGCUAACACGAUCAUCGAAAAACACCUGGACUGCGAGGAAGCUUGGAAACGGUACUGCGAUAGAAGAGAGAGGGAACACGGAGACGACACUCGCAAGAUUCGUCUCAAUGUUCACUUUGCUCGUCACAGACCGCCCCUCGACGAUGUCGAGUCCAUGGAAGAGAUGGAGCUCCUCGCACAGCGAAUGGUUCAGGAGGAUCGAGAGAAGGUUCAUCAAGCGAUGGAAAAGCUCAUCGCCAGCUCUUUCUAUUUUGAAAGUGUCGGGCCUGCUAUUCGAAACAUCAAAACCAGGCAGUAUCGGUGCAGAGGAACUAUUCGCUGUCGGUUUCGUGAUAAUACUCCAAACCUACAAGGACUCGGCAAAAUACUGCUUCGAUAUUGCUCCCGGGAAUCUGAGCCGGAAUUUUGGGUCAGAGAAAAUUACGGCUUGAUCUUCCAGAAAGACCGCCGCAUAACCUUCCCUGCCACCACAAUCAAAGAUAUGGUCAAGCACAGUAUCUUCCAAUUUCCGAGAGAGAUCGAGGUUGAAGCAGCCGAGCCUUCCAGCCUUACCAAUAUCUGUUUGUGCCUGCAAAGCAGCUAUAGGUAUGGCAUCUCUCCGGAACUUCUCAACAUCUCGCCCUCAAUCAGCGGUUUCCCGCGUGAGCUAUGUGCACUCAGCGGUUUCAUUCUGUCUAGCCCCGAUAUCAACGUCGAGGAGGUUGAUAAGGCAUCAGAGGUAACUUCCGUGAUAUCAACAAGAUCAACCCACGGGAGCGUAGAUUCCGAGCCUACGACAGGACGAAGGAAGACUUAUUUCGUGGGAGGCAUUAUGCGCCGAGCAAGGAGUGCUAUGUUUUCCAAAGAGAACGAGUCUCGAAUCUCAUUCGAGAAUAGAUCAAGCUCAAGCUUAAGGGUGGCCCCGGAGAAGCACGCAUACCCGGUUGAUGUAUCAGAGCUCGCAGGCGAUUCAAGCUUUGGAGGGAACAGGAAUGGGUCUACGCCUUCGAUAAGGGGCGAGGAUGAAGACUCUGGAAAUACUGACGAUGAGCAUGAGAAUGAUUAUCAAACAAAAGGAAAAGGUAUCAUGUAUUAG